ACUUUACGACUUCUAUGUAGACGAGGCUUGAGACUCUUCCACAUACAACUCAACGUAUACGUACCUCUCGGCAUCUCACGUAACCUGACUAGUCCGGACUCGCACUUGGUAAUCCCGGUAUUCCUCGUUGACAGUAGUCGCAUAGCGGGUGAACGCGAGCAUACGCGUACCUCGUCGACGAUGGCAGGGUUAUUCCGCGUGAAUUGCGCGCAAGGACUGCGCCGGGGAUUAACCCUGAUGUCGCCCAAGGAGACGACAUGUCGCAGGAUAGCGACGUCGCGGCUCCUCUGCGACAGCGCCAAGAACGAGAUAAAGCCCGCCAAGAGGAAGUGGGUGAGCUACGGCUUCAGCAACACGGACGAGGCGUUAGACCGGCACUCUAUGCACCAGACCAUGUUCGUCGUGGUGUCCAUCGUCUUUGUGCUCGGCUCCACCGUCAUGGGCUACCUUCCUGACGUCCGAGGCAGGGACUGGGCGCAGCGGGAGGCGUACCUGCAGAUCCGCUACAGAGAGGAGCACGGGCUGCCCCUCAUCGAUCGCAACACGAUUGAUCCGUCAAGGAUAAUACUGCCCACUGACGAGGAGCUAGGCGACAUGGAGAUUAUCAUUUAGAGUCUCGACGUAAGAAACGCACGUCGCGUCUCGAGAACGUCUGAACUUGGAGUGUUGUUACCGCCCGUUUACUUAGUACUUGUUAAAACAGCAGUUUAAGGAUAGCAUUGUAAUAAACACUGCUUCUGCGCGGAUCAAAGUCUUUUUCUCAACCUGCGAGACGAAGCUCUCGCGAUUUUUGCAGCCUUCGUGUCGCCCAAACAAAAUGCACUGGAUACAGAAGCGUGUAUAUACUGUCACGAAUAAACAUACGUACCGAAUGUUAAUUGUACGUAAUUAAAA